AUGGCUAAUUUUCCGUCAAAUUUGUUACAACUUCAAGAAGGAAAAAAGGGAUUGAAGCCGCAUUUACACGAUGCUGAAGAAGAUGACCUUGGAAGGGGAAAUAAGAGUCUCAAGUACGUCCCAUUGUCUGAUGUGUAUUCUGCUACUUCUCCGUAUGUCAGCGCUAGUGGAUCGAAAAAGGUGAAGGCCACCCGGAAAUUGCCGUUGCUCCCUCAUAUCAACAGUUGUGGUCAGAUAAAAGAAGAACCUAUGAUGUACGAGAUUCCGAGGAUGAUUCAUGUUUACUCGCGGCGCCGAAAAAGGAAAGAAAGAAAACUUUCAUUUUUUGAGAAGUUGAUUCUGAAGGAGAGCAAGAACGAGGAAGGCGAUAGUGAAGAAGGGAUGGAAAGUGGAUUCAUGCAGAAGAAGCAGAAGACGGUAGGGGAUAACGAGGAAAUGGAAUUGGGGGUAUACUGUACUGAGUUAGGUACAUUAGAUGAUCGAUUGGGGUUAGGAGAAACACGAAAUAAUGUAAAAAAAGUAAAUAGUAGGAAAAAUUGGAACUUGGACAGUAAAGUUAAUAAAAGUGGGAGUCUUAGGAAGCGGAAAAAUAUUGACCGUGUUUGUUUGGGAAACGGAUUGAAGCAUUCGGGGGCUGUUCGGAUCAAGAAAUGGGUUUGGUUGAGUUUUGAAGGUGUUGAUCCAAAGAAGUUUAUUGGUUUGCAAUGCAAGGUGUUCUGGCCACUGGAUGCGGAUUGGUAUUCUGGUCAUGUUGGCAGUUACAUUUCUGAAACUUCCAGGCACCAUGUGAAGUAUGAAGAUGGAGACGAAGAGACUUUGAAUUUAUCAAAUGAAAGAGUCAAGUUUUAUGUAUCUUCUGAGGAAAUGCAGAGUUUGAAAUUGAGGUACAUGGACAAGAGCUCAGAAUCUGAUGGAAUAAAUGUGAAUGAGAUGGUGGCCUUGGCUGCUAGUUUGGAUGAUUGCCAUGAGCUUGAACCUGGGGACAUAAUUUGGGCAAAACUUACUGGACAUGCUAUGUGGCCAUCAAUCAUUUUGAGUGAAUCUCUUGUCGGUAAACACAAAGGUCUAAAUAGAAUUUCUGGAGGAAAAUCAGUCCCAGUGCAAUUUUUUGGCACACAUGAUUUUGCUAGGGUUACAAGAAAACAAGUUAUUUCAUUUCUCCGAGGACUCCUUUCUUCCUGUCACCUAAAGUGCAAGAAACCAAAUUUUGUUCGAGCAUUGGAGGAAGCAAAAAUGUAUCUUAGUGAACAGAAGCUCCCGAAAAGAAUGUUGCGACUGCGAGAUGGCGUUGAUGGUGAUGAUCGUGAUUGUGAAAACGGAGGGGAAGAAGAAUCCGGCGAGGAAGAAUGCUUGGACAAUAAACAGAUACGGAGGAAACUUGAAGACCUUAAAACUUUCCCAUUUGAAGGAGGGGAUUUGCGAAUUCUAAGCCUUGGAAAGAUUGUCACAGACUCUGAUAAUUUCCAAGAUGAGAGAUUUAUAUGGCCGGAAGGCUAUACUGCCACGAGGAAGUUUCUUUCAACAAAAGAUCCAAGUGUAUGUACCUUAUAUAAGAUGGAAGUACUGAGAGAUGCUGACUCAAGGACCAAACCUAUAUUUAGAGUUACUUCAGACAAUGGAGAGGAGUUUAAGGGGUCCACCCCAUCUGCUUGCUGGAAUAAAAUAUACAAAAGAAUUAGGAAGGUGCAAAUAAACAGUCCUGAUUGUGAAGCUGAAGUUGAAUCUGAACGGGGUUUUGAGUCUGGAUCUGAUAUGUUUGGUUUUUCACACCCAGAAGUAUCAAAACUCAUAAAGGAAUUAUCAAAUGGCAGACUUAUCUCUGAAUCCUCCCAGUCUUCUUCUAAACGACACAAAGGCUUGCCUUCUACUUACAGGCCUGUUCAUGUAGAAUGGAAGGACCUUGACAAGUGCAAUGUUUGUCAUAUGGAUGAGGAGUAUGAGAAUAAUUUGUUUCUGCAGUGUGAUAAAUGCAGAAUGAUGGUUCAUGCAAGAUGCUAUGGGGAACCAGAGCCCAAUGGUGGUGUUCUUUGGUUGUGCAACUUAUGUCGUCCAGGGGCUACUGAUGUCCCUCCAUGCUGCUUGUGUCCCCUUAUAGGAGGCGCUAUGAAACCUACCACUGACGGACGUUGGGCUCAUCUCGCUUGUGCCAUAUGGAUACCAGAAACUUGCUUAUCAGAUAUUAAGAAGAUGGAACCCAUCGAUGGAAUAAGUAGAAUAAAUAAGGACCGCUGGAAGCUGUUGUGCAGCAUCUGUGGCGUUUCUUAUGGAGCAUGUAUUCAGUGCUCGAACAGUAAUUGUCGUGUAGCUUAUCAUCCUCUUUGUGCACGUGCUGCUGGCUUUUGCCUUGAGCCUGCGGACGAGGAUAGACUUCAUUUGAUUCCUUUUGAUGAGGAUGAGGAGGAUCAAUGCAUUCAGCUACUUUCCUUCUGCAGGAGACAUAGGCCUGCAUCCAAAAAACGUUUGUCUUCUAAUGAGCGGUUUGGUCAAAAAGCCUGUGAACAUGCAGACUACACUCCUCCAUUAAAUCCUACAGGCUGUGCUCGCACUGAACCUUAUAAUUGUUUCGGAAGGCGAGGGAGAAAGGAACCUGAAGUCCUUGCUGCAGCUUCAUUAAAGCGCCUGUAUGUGGAGAACAAACCAUACUUGGUUGGUGGCUACAGCCCCCAUAUGUCCUUGGGGAACAAAAUAUCAACCAGUGCACUUGUUGGUUCUAAAUAUUCUAAUGACCUUCAGAAGCUAAAAACUUCUCAACUCGAUCCAUCUAGAAAUUUUCUUUCAAUGGCUGAGAAGUACAAAUACAUGAGGGAAACCUUUAAAAAGAGGCUGGCAUUUGGUAAGUCUGGUAUACAUGGUUUUGGCGUCUUUGCUAAAUGUCCACAUAGAGCUGGAGACAUGGUGAUUGAAUAUACUGGUGAACUUAUUCGACCUCCAGUAGCUGACAGGAGAGAACACUUGAUAUACAAUUCAUUAGUGGGUGCUGGAACUUAUAUGUUCCGAAUUGAUGAAGAACGUGUUAUUGAUGCCACAAGGGCGGGAAGCAUAGCUCAUUUGAUUAACCACUCAUGUGAACCAAAUUGCUACUCCAGGGUCAUAAGUGUAAACGGUGAUGAGCAUAUUAUUAUAUUUGCCAAAAGAGAUAUUAGACAGUGGGAAGAACUAACAUAUGAUUACAGGUUUUUCUCAAUUGAUGAACAUCUUGCUUGUUACUGUGGCAACCCCAGAUGUAGAGGUGCUGGCGAGGAGAGUGAGAGAAGGUUUUCUAUCGACAAAAUAUGGCCUCUGAGCUGGAUCCCUCUAGCACAAAUUUCGCAGAGAGACAGAUUUUGUUGCUUCCAAGUCCAACUCUCCUAA